AUGUCUGAUGAAUUAAAUGAAGAAAUUAAUCGAACAAAAUCAAGUUUUAUGGUUAUUCGUGCAAAUAGUUCAUGUUCAAUCUGCAAAAAAUCCUUACUUACUCAUCACUUUGUUGCUUUUGUGUGUAGACAUUGUUUUCAUAAAUCUUGUUUGGAGGGAAAAUUGAAGCAAAAAUCUCCUGAAUUUGUUAAAUUAUUGGCUGAAGAACAUAAUCUUAAAAAAGAAUUUAAAAAAUUAACGGAGAAUUCAACAAUCAAUGCCAUUUUAAAACAACGAGGUGAAAAGAAUGGAAGAGAAGGUUUUUAUAUUUUUUAA